AUGUGCACUGAAAAUUAUCUCGGUAUUCCUUUUAUGAUUGUUAGAAGUAAGAAAUCAGCGCUUAAUUUCAUUAAAGACAAAAUUUGGAGGAAAAUUAAUUCUUGGAGUAGCAGAAGCUUGUCGCAAGCAGGGAGAGAAACCAUGAUCAAAUCUGUUCUGCAAUCCAUUCCGACUUAUAUCAUGAGUCUUUUCCUUCUUCCCUCUUCCUUGAUUGAUGAGACUGAGAAGUUGAUGAACUCGUUCUGGUGGGGUCAUAAAAGAGAUAGAGCCAAAGGUAUUCAUUGGCUCUCCUGGGAUCGUUUGUCUAUGCCUAAAGGUGAAGGAGGUAUGGGAUUCAAGAAUCUAAAUGCUUUCAAUCUGGCCAUGUUAAGUAAGCAAGCUUGGAGGCUUACGACCAAUACAGAUUCUCUUGUAUCCCGUCUAUACAAAGCAAGGUAUUUUCCGAAUAGCAAUUAUCUAAGCUCUUAUAUUGUUCAUAAUCCUAGCUAUGUAUGGCGUAGCAUCUGGAGCUCAAAAUUUAUGAUUAAGGGAGGAUUGAAAUGGAGUAUAGGAUCAGGGGAGAAUAUUUUGGUUUGGGAUCAGUAUUGGUUGGUUGAUGGUACUUCACUGACUAAUCCUUGGCCUAAUAAUUUGGUGGUGAGUAAUCUUAAAGUCUCGGACUUGAUGACUCUUAAUGGUAAAGAAUGGAACCAUAAUUUGAUUUAUGCGCUUGUAGGAGAAGAAACAGCUCAAAAGAUUUAA